UGCCAUCUAGUGAUAAUCAACAUGCCAAAGUUGGGAUCACUGUCUGAAAGUCUGAACGUCGGCGCUUCUUCCGUUUCCGUCUUUUCCGUGCGAUCUGCUCCGCAAAUAGGACGCCAUGGGUCGUUAUUCUCACGAGCCAGCAAAUCCAGUCAAGUCCUGUAAAGCCAGGGGUUCGAAUCUGCGAGUGCAUUUCAAGAACACUCAUGAAACGGCACGUGCGAUCAAGAACAUGUCGCUGCGGAGGGCGCAACGAUACUUGAAGAAUGUAGUGGAACACAAGGAAUGUGUUCCUUUCAGAAGGUUCAACGGUGGCGUCGGCAGAUGUGCCCAGGCCAAGCAAUUUGGCACUACACAAGGUCGUUGGCCAAAAAAAUCAGUUGUGUAUCGCGAUAGUGCAUAG